GGAUUAGUCGUCAUUUUAUUAUAUAAAUAUAUACACACUCUCAUCGAUCUAUCUUGGUUGAGCAUGCAACACAAUCAAUUUUCUUAUUUCAUCAUAUCAUAAAACCCACUCAUAAUUAGCUUACUCCCUAGUAUUUUAAAAUGGGCUGCAUAACAUCAACCCCGGUGGCGCCGCUUCAACCACCGCCGAGAGCCACAAUGAUGGUGGCCGGCGCGUUCUACUUGCCCAAAGAAAACAAGAAAAAGCCACUCGGAGAGGACGCCCACUUCAUCUGCUCCGAAGGGCACACCAUCGGCGUGGCUGACGGCGUUGGCUCGUGGUCCUCGUUUGGAGUCGACGCCGGAAACUAUUCCCGGAUGCUCAUGUCCAAGGCCGAAGCCUCCGCCCGUUCUCAGGCAGGCGGCGGCGGCGGGGUCAAUCCCAUGAAAGCGUUCAACUACCCGUUCCAACUCGGGAGAUACAAAGAGGCGGACCGGCCCGUUGUGGCGGCCCGGAUCAAAGUGGAUGUUCGGCCGGGUGACGUCAUAGUGAUGGCAACCGACGGGCUGUUCGACAACGUCAAAGACGAUGCGGUGGCGGAGCUGGUCGGCGGCGGUGGAGGUUCCCCGGGAAAAGCGGCGGAACGGUUAGCGAAGGAGGCUCUCAAGAUCGCCAGGAGUAAGGACGUGGAAACGCCGUUUGCGGUGGAGGCUCGGAAAGCGGGGAGGAAAAUCUCCGGCGGGAAGUAUGAUGAUAUCACGGUGAUUGUGGCCUACAUUAAAGCUGCGGCAGAUUAACUUGGAGCUAUCACUCAAAAUUUGGGUACAUAGUUUUAAUUUGACUUCUCCAAAAAUUCUUUUGACUUGUCUAAAAUAAUCCCACUUUUUAACUACUUAGACUUCGUUCUUCUUCGCAAGCUAAAGAUCCGUUACACAUAAUGAAUGUUUUUUUGGACU